CGCUCUUUUAUUUCUAGAAUUUUGUAGAAGAAAUCAGCGAAUACCUAAGUGUUCAUAAAGAGUUUAACUUUUCAAUUAGACAGAUUACAUCGAGGUAAAAACAUUUCAAUAAAUUAACUGAAGGUGCAUACAUAAUUAAAUGGCUGAUAUAAAUAAUUUAAAAGAACGUGGGAAUGCUGCUCUCACUGCUGGAAAGUUCGAUGAAGCUAUUCAAGCAUAUACUGAAGCUAUUAAUUUAGAUGAAACGAAUCACGUUCUUUAUUCAAAUCGUUCUGCUGCAUAUUUAAAAGCCGGAAAAUUACAAGAAUCUUUGAAUGAUGCUGAAAAAACAAUUGAGAUCAAUUCAAAAUGGCCCAAAGGAUAUUCACGUAAAGGUGCAGUAUUGUUUGCACUUGAAAAAUACGAUGAAGCAUACACUUGUUACAAUAAAGGAUUAGAAUUUGACCCGUCGAAUAUACCUUUGAAACAAGGCCAGGAACAGGUUAAACAUGCUUUAAUCCAACAACUAAUAGGACAGGCUCCCAUGGACGUUGACUCACCGGAGUCACCAAAAGCUAAACCUCGUGAACCAUCGCCACCCCCACAAGCUAAGAAAGUUCCAACUGAAGACGACAACCUUCCAGAACAUAAAAAACUCGCUAAAAAGGAAAAAGAUGCUGGCAAUGCUGCUUAUAAAAAGAAAGAUUUCAAUACUGCAUUGGAUCAUUACAAGAAAGCCAUCGAACAUGACCCAACCGACAUAACAUUCUACAGUAACAUAGCUGCUGUCUAUUUUGAACAAAAAGAUUUCCGAAAAUGCAUCACAGAAUGUGAGAAAGCAAUUGAGAUUGGACGAGAGAAUCGCGCUGAUUACAAACUCAUUGCAAAAGCUUUUACUCGUCUCGGUAACAGUUGCAAGAAACUUGGAGAAUUUAAACAAGCGAAAAUAAAUUUUGAAAAGUCUUUGUCGGAACAUCGAACGCCAGAAGUUAAAACUUUGUUAUCACAAGUCGAAGCCAUAAUUCGCGAAGAAGAACGUCGAGCCUUUAUCGAUCCAGAAAAAGCAGAAGAAGAGAAAGAAAAGGGAAAUGAAUAUUUUAAGAAAGGAGAUUUCUCAUCAGCUGUGAAACAUUACACUGAAGCGAUUAAUAGGAAUCCAGAUGAUCCAAAGUUAUACUCAAAUCGUGCUGCAUGCUAUACGAAAUUAGCUGCAUUUGAUCUUGGAUUAAAAGAUUGCGAAAUGUGUAUUAAGCUUGAUGAGAAAUUUAUUAAAGGCUGGAUUCGAAAGGGUAAAAUUUUACAAGGAAUGCAGAAUCCAUCACAAGCCUUAACGGCAUAUCAGAAAGCACUUGAAAUCGAUCCAACUAAUAGCGAGGCUAUUGAUGGUUAUCGAACAUGUACCAUGGCUGUUCAUUCUAAUCCAGAAGAAGUAAGAAAGAAGGCGAUGAACGAUCCAGAAGUUCAAUCAAUUCUCAAAGAUCCAGCUAUGAGAAUGAUACUUGAACAAAUGCAGUCUGAUCCAAAGGCUGUUCAAGAACACUUAAGAAAUCCUGAAGUUGCGAAUAAGAUUCAAAAAUUAAUGGAGACCGGAAUCAUUCAAAUUCAUUAAAAAAUAAGUUUCAUGCGGUUAAGUUAGAAGAUUAUUUGGAUGAGAUAUGUUUGGAAGUGGUUAAGCGCUUGGUUGAACACUAAUUUUUAAAAUGAAGUUCUUAAUUAAUUUUUAACUUAAAUUUCACAAUUUCUAUUAUCUCAAACUAUUCCUUGUGUUAAGUUUUUAUAGCCUUCCGAUAACCAGCUUAACAACUCUCAAACUCUGUAAUUGAUUUAUAAUUGAUCCUUUGUGAAAAAUAAAAUGAAUUCAGUCGAAAGAACUUACUUUAAGAAAAUGUUUGCCGUAUGAAAAGCAAAUUCAAAAACUGAUCAAUAAAGAAACACAACAAUAAGAGAAUGAAG